GAAAUUGUGACCCACUGCCAUUUAUAUCGUCAGAAACCUUCACACUGCGCCCAUUAUCGAAAUUGCUACGGCAGAUACCGAGGGUAAUAGUGCGCCUUUUGCCCCACGCCCAAAAUACCAACCGUCGCCAAAAAGCCUCGAUAUGGACCCGCUGCAGCACGCAGUUGAAGAAGCCUCCAAAUCACCACCUAAAAAAGCACGAGACAAGAAGCGAGAAGCACUGAAAGCGAAACAAGCUAAUCGCAAAUUCAAGGGUGCUUCUGCCCCUGAUCCCUCUUUGGGAAUCUCACUCGAAGACUUCACGUCCUUCACAGAGACCUUGAAGACAUCGAAAAGGAUCUUUGCCCUGCUUGGAGCCGGACUUUCCGCUGGGUCAGGCCUCGUUACGUUCCGCGGCUCGGAUCGGCUCUGGAGAGGCAUAGAACCUCAAGACCUCUCCGAUCCGCAAGCCUUCUUUGACGAUCCUGCAAAGGUGUGGUGGUUCUUCUCGGAUCGCAUGAAGAGGGCGCAAGAGGCUAAGCCGAAUUCCGCACAUGUUGCCCUGGUCAAGCUGGCGGAGCAUAAGGAGGGGUUCUUUGCUGUGAAUCAGAAUAUUGAUGGCCUCUGUGAGCGCGCAGGAUUCCCGCCUUCUCAGAUCGCACAAAUCCACGGCACCCUAUUUAAGAUCAAAUGCAGCAAGCACAGCGCCGAGAAAGACAAGUGCGACUAUGUCACCGAGGCGACAUACCCCGUCAACGAGAGCCUGACGAUUCCCUACGAUGUCGACAUCUCUGACGCCGCGGCUCCUCUUCCAGACGUUGGAGUUAAUGACCUGCCUCGCUGUCCCAAAUGCGACAACCUUCUCCGCCCCGCCGUUGUGUUCUUCGGCGAGGCCACCCCUCUUUCUAUUACCGAGCGCACCUACAACUUCACUUCUAACGGCCCCAUCGAUAUUAUGCUCGUUAUCGGCACUAGCGCCGUAGUCCUGCCAGCAGCGAUGUACAUCCCCGUUGCAAGAAAUGCGGGCGCAAAAGUCGCUUUCUUCAAUAUGGAGGAGAGUGAUGAAGGGCUCGCGACGGCCUGGCCUGGUGACUGGAUGUUCAAGGGCGAUGCCGCGGCUACGGUUGCAGAUAUGCUGAAGGGAGUGGUUGGAAAUGUGGGUGGCCGAGGUGGGAUGAACUAAGAUUGCACAUAGCAGGAGUGGCUAAAGAGCGAACGGGCUUGAUGAGCAAGUUUUGAGAAUUGAUCGCGACUCCAUGCUUUUGACGUACUCGCUCAAGCCGCCGACCCGCAAUGGGAAACAAUCUGGUACUCAAACCUGAGAGAUAGCAUCUUCUGAGCUCAUAAUAACCACCCAUACAAAGCUUGGGAGCCCUCGCUCUUCACUAACGACUGUAGUUAAGUCGUUCCCGCAAAUGUUGAACCGGUAGGGUUGUGGUCACGGGAGAGCGCCUACAACCUCGAACUACGCUGCAACGGCUCUAUCAUACCAAGCGCGACUACCAUCCAACUCCGCAAAUACUCC